UAUAAUGGCAAACCCGUUGAACGAAAGUGUGUGUCUGAUUAAAGACCUUAAACCUGGAUUAAAAAAUAUUAAUUUGGUUUUCAUCGUCCUGGAAACUGGUCGAGUGUCUAAGACAAAGGACGGACACGAAGUGCGUUCAUGUAAAGUAGCUGACAGGACCGGAAGUAUCACCAUAUCAGUGUGGGACGAGGUGGGCAGCUUGAUACAAACCGGUGACAUCAUCCGACUCAAUCGAGGAUACGCAUCUCUGUUCAAAGGAUGUCUUACACUGUAUAUUGGGAGAACAGGGGACCUCCAGAAGAUCGGAGAGUUCUGUAUGAUAUUCUCGGAGGUGCCAAAUUUCAGUGAGCCCAACCCAGAGGUUCUGGCUAAAAUCAACCAAAUAAACAACACCCAAGUUAAAACAGAAGCUUAUGGCAGCGCUCCUAGUAUACCGAAUCCCGGACCAGCUGUACCCGCAGCCAACGGCUCUGCUGUGUUUUCACCUGUCCCCCGAGAGACGUCCUUUGGUAAAGGUGGGCGUCAUUUGAACCGCAACCAUUGGAAGAGUGGCACUGCUUCUUCAGUACCAGGUAGAGGUCAGGGCCCAAAACCCAUUGCCACCAUAACUAAUGGACGGGAUCCUCGCAGAGCACUGAAGAGAUGAGAACAAGAAAAUGUUUCAGUAUCUGAGACAAUGCUAUUUUGAAUUUAUUUUUAAAUGCUUUUUUUCAGUCAAUUGAGUUAGUUAAGGGUUAUUUGAUUACUUAUUUUGCAGAACAAAGUUGUG